AAAAAAGGCUGCAGGGCUGCAGCCCUUAAUCCACCCUCUCCUCUCAUUUCCAGCAUCCAAAUUGAGGAGCACACUGAUCUUAGAGAGAGAGAGAGAGAGAGAGAGAGAGAGGGGGACAAGAGAGAGAGGAGCCCAAUUCUCCAACCCAAGAGAGACCAUGCUCUGUGUAUAUGUAUAUAUAUAUAUAUAUAUAUAUAUUAUCCCUUCACCUCUCUCUCUCUUCCUAAUAGCCUAGCUGUACCAAAGAUGUGUGAGAAUGAGAGAACUAAGAAGAGGUCUCUAGAGAGAGAGAGAGAGGAGAGAGAGGAAAGAGAGAAAUGGGUGCAUCUCCCUACCCAAUCCCCUGCCUCUUCUGGCAAAGGUCAUCCCCAAAAUGCCCCUCUCCAAGCCCAAAUCCUACAUUUCUCCAUCAAAGAUGUCAUCUUGAGCCCAAGCUCCCUCCCAAAAUGGGAUUUUUAUGGGUCUCUUUGGGGGGUUUUCUUUUUUUUUUUUUUUUUUUUUUUUUUUCUCUCCUCCUUAAAAGCCCCAUCCACAGUGGAGAAGAGAGAGAAACCAAGGGGAGGAACCUUCCCUUUCUCUCUCUCUCUCUCUAUCUCUCUCUCUCUUCUCCUACCCUGUGUUUGUUUCUCUCUCUUCUAUUUAUGACCUCUUGUUUGAGAGUAAAAGGGGGCCUAAUUCCCAUCUGGAUCUUGCUUUGGACCACAUUUCAUAGGCUCUCCCCCUUGUUUUCUCUCUCUAUUUUCUCUCUCUAUGGUGGGGAGGAGGAUGGUGAAGAAGAGGGGGAAGGUGCCCAUGGAACUUUCUCCCUCAUCUUCUUGUUUCCCAGAUGAUGAAUACAUGCCCAGGACAAGGCUCAAGCGUCAGAAUCUCUUGCAAGAUUAUGAGGAUUCGAUCAAGGAAAUUGAAGCAAAAAACAAGAAAUUGCAGGAGACAAAGAAGAAGAAACUCAGGCUGUUGGGUGAAAUCAAGUUCUUGCGAGGAAAAUUCAAGUGUUUCGCGAAAAACCCAUCUCAGCGAACUCGGUGUAGAAUCAAGAAACAAUCUUACAAAAUCAUCGAUAGGAAAUACAUAGUGGCUGAAGCUCCAUCUACAAGCAACAGUGGAGUUUUAGAUUUGAAUCAAGUCUCGUUUCCGGUAAUUGCAGAAAAGAACAGUGAGGGAAUGGACUAUAAGGUGGAUCGAGAGCCUCUGAACAUAGAGAAGCCGAAAGAGCGCAUAGUCGAUGGAAGUACCGUGGUUAAUGAUAUUAAAUUAUCGGUGUGUAGAGAUUUAGGGAACAAUUCAAACAGGGUGGGUAAGAGGAAGAUUACGUGGCAGGAUCAGGUAGCUUUGAAGGUCUAGUUGUUUGUUGUGCCGUGUGUUUCUUUUGUUGUUGUUUUUUUCCCCCUUUGUUCUUGCUCCAAGUAGAUGGUUUGUUGAGGAACAAAUGAGGUUCUUGUGAUGGGAAUAUACAUGUUGCUUAGCGGAAUGGCACAAUUGUAGCAUAAUUUGGAUAUAGACAUAGUUUAUCAUAAUCAUAAUAUAGAAGGAAAUUUAUUCAAUUUA